AUGGCUCAUCCUUUUGUUACCAGCUCCCAUCUCCUUCAUCGUUCAUUUGCUCAGAAGCCAGAGAUGGUCAUUUAUGCUUCAGGCGUCUCAUUGUUCCUUGAAUCUGGCCGUGAAGUCCUGGAUGCAUCCGCUGGACCAGCUGUAUCAUGUCUUGGCUUCGGUCGCCCUGAGAUAGUGCAAGUAGUGACAAAUCAGAUCAAUCAGCUUGCUUAUCUCUACUCCGGCGCGCGAUUCACCUGCGAUGUAACAGAAGACCUCGCAUCAAUGCUCUUGCAAGGACAGCCAGGUGGCUUGUCCAAAGCCACCUUUGUUAAUUCUGGAAGUGAAGCUACAGAUGCUGCUAUCAAGCUAGCAACGCAAUAUUGGUUCGAACGUGGAAUGCCCCAAAAGUGCCAUGUCAUUGCAAGAAAACAGAGCUACCAUGGUAACACAACCGGGGCACUAUGUGUAUCUGGCCAUGACUCCCGCCGAACGAUGUACCGUCCCUGGUUAUCGCAAAAUGAAGAGAUCCUUCGUUUUGGGCCCGAAAAGGUCUCUGCUUUUGUAGCCGAGACCGUCAGCGGUACUACUCUGGGCUGCGUCCCUGUUGUAAUUGGAUAUUGGAAGGCCAUUCGACAAAUGUUUGACGCUAUCGCUGAAGGGACAGGAGGGUUGACUCAUGGCCAGUCAUUCCAGGCUCACCCAGUGGCUUACACCGCGGCUCUCGAGGUUCAACGGAUUAUACGAGAUGAGCGUAUAUUAACAAAUGUCAAGAAAUGGGCCCAGUGCUGGAGUCUAUUCUGGGCUGUUGAGUUCGUCCAGGAUUUUCAGAACAAGACGCCCUUUCCGGCCAGCAUGAGACUCUGUCACAGAAUCGUGGACAAGUCAUUGGACCUGGCGUUGAACAUAUUGGGCAACCUGGGCCAAACAGGAGAUGUGCAUGUUGAUCAUGUCAUUAUGUCCCCGCCCUAUGUGGUAACUGAGUCCGAUUUGGAGCGGAUGGUUGGUAUUCUUCAGACAGCUAUCCAGGUUGUUGUCUCCAAGGUAGUGAGUAUUUAA